GCCAGUUGGAAACAAAACCAACGGUUAAUAUAGAUGCGUUUCAUUUUUUUUGCUUUUAUUUCAAGCGUUGGCUUGCAACCAAUAGUUAAGAGACUUAUUUAAAGCUAAUGAGGCUAAUUAGAGGCGAGGUAAAGCGAAUUAUAUUGCCGUUAUUUUGGCUUAUUAUUGAGAAAGUACCAGCGGUCUUAAAGCACUUUCAUUAAACAUGUAAGUACUCAUACAUUUAGUGGGCCAAUACGCGUCGACGUUUGUUUUGUAACAGCAGACUUCUGUCAUUAAUUUCUGGUUAGUUUGUUGUGGUUUCGGUCCACUUUGUAUGUAUAAAUCUCCGACAGAAACCGCAGACACCACAGGUUGAAAAAGUGUGGGUGGCUCUGGCAUCAGCGUGAGCAGGUGGAAGCCGCUCCGUGUCGCUGCUGCUGCCCUUCACUGAAACACAAUCCCAUUGGGGAGGAAGAAACUCAGCGCAGCGAGCAAAGCAGUGAAACGCAAACAUCAACUUAAUUCAUCAGUGCCGAUUGUUUGAAGGCAGCGUGGAGGGAGCCAAUCCGAAGUGGGAUUAAUGCUUUUGCGUGUGUAAAGAGGGAAAACAAACAAGCAGAGAGAAAAAACUUCCUGAGACGAGCGGGGUUCAGUGAGUCUGAGCUUGACUACCCGGUGAAUCGAGUUUACGAAGAAGUGCUCUCACAUUUCAGUUGUCUCUCAGCAGCAAGAGGACUUAUUCGAAGCUGGUGGACGGGAAAUGAACUCUUUGGACCACUAAUCAACAGUGGACUUUGACACCGCUUUAAAACAUCAUUUCCCACUCAGCCAGCUGCCGAUAGAGCUACAUAUAAACAGGAGUUGUUCCUCAAGUCCGCGGCAAUGGGGGAGCAGCCGAUCUAUACCACCAGGGCCCAUGUCUUCCAAAUUGACCAGGCCACCAAGAGGAACUGGGUCCCUGCUAGCAAGCAGGCAGUCACUGUCUCCUAUUUUUACGACAGCACACGCAACAGCUACCGCAUCAUCAGUGUGGAUGGAUCCAAGGUGAUCAUCAACAGCACCAUCACACCCAACAUGACGUUCACCAAGACGUCUCAGAAGUUUGGCCAGUGGGCGGACAGCAGGGCCAACACUGUGUUUGGGCUGGGCUUCUCCUCAGAGCAGCAACUAUCCAAGUUUGCUGACAAGUUCCAGGAAGUGAAAGAAUCUGCAAAACUAGCGCGGGACAAAUCUCAAGAGAAGGCAGAGACAUUGAGCAAUCACUCACAGGAGUCCGGACGGGAGACUCCCUCAACCAACCAGGCAUCCAGCAUAAAUGGGACAGAUGAUGAAAAAAUCUCUCAUGUCAGUCCUGAGGCUGCUGUGCUGAAGACUGAGAAUGAACGUCUCAAGAGUGCAGUGGAGCUGAGAGAUGGCUCUUGGACAAGAUCAGAACACACAGCAUUAAAUAUUUUAUGUCCUACAACGGAAAAAUGCAACACCAACGCCAAGAAGUGGGAAACAGAGCUGCAGACUUUAAGAGAAAAUAAUGCCAGGCUGGUGGACGCACUGCAAGAGUCUUCUGCUAAUGUCGAGAGCUGGAAGAAACAACUUAGUACCUGCAAGGAAGAGAGUGACACACUCAGGCAAAAGAUUGCAGAACUAGAAGCUCAGUGUGCUGAAGCCGAUCAGGAGAAGCAGAAAAACGCCCAGCUGACUGUACGAGUGCAGGAACUGGAGGCAGAGCUGAAUGACAAAGAGCAGGAGUUGGAGAAUCUGAGGAAGCAGGCAGAGAUAAUCCCUCAGCUCAUGGCAGAGUGUGAGAGCAUCACCGCAAAGCUGCAGGCUGCAGAGGCUAAGAACAGUGAGCUUGAAGGGCGGGUAGGCGGUCUGCAGCUGGACAUCAACGACAGCCAACAGAAGCAGACCCACAUGAAGGGCGAGCUGAAGAAGUUCAUGGACAUCUUGGAUGGAAAGAUAGACGAGCUGCAUGAGGUCAGGCAGGGGCUCUCCAAGCUAGGUGUUGAUAACUGAGAAAAAGUGGCACCGAGUUGAAAGGAUUAGAGGUCAGGAAUGAAGGAUUCAAUACAAUUUGUCUUCAGGGCAGAAACUAUGUGGCACCUCCUCCCCCAGGUGAUGCCCACUCAGAAACUAUCAGCCUUUGCUUUAAUAAACACUACCAUGUCAGAGAGAGAGAAUUUGGAGAGGGAGAGGGAGAUACUGGCAAGAGGAAGGCCGGCGUGCUCAACCAAAUAAACGGCUCCAUUAUUGUGCGCUGGCAUCCUGAAACUAAAUCAAGAGUCACACUUUGAGCUUACUUGUCCGUUUCUGUGGGGAGAAACGGCUUUAAAAAGCUGGUGGUGGGUUCUUAGAUUCUGUCCGUCUGUCUUUCUUCUGAGGGCUGCAGCUCUUCUUCAUGGGUGGUCUGAUUUUAGAGCAGACGAGGGGACUUAAAGGGCUACAAAGAAUAACACACAAAGACAAUGCUGUUCAACAUCACUCCAGUAAUAAUUGGUGUUAAUCCCUGUGGCCCCCUCAGAGAAUGAAAUCUUUCUACAGACUGUCCUCGCUGUUGCCUCCCAUCUAUCUCAGGUGUGUUAGGAGACAGUUUGUACUCAUUAGAUUAUAUGCACUUACAUGACAACUGGCCGUGACACAAAGUGCCUCCAGGUGAGUCUAAACCUACCUGGCAAGGAGAACUGGCCAAGUGAUGACCAUCACCAUAAUAAUAACUUGAUUUUUGUGAGAAAACCGCUCACUAACAAAUAGAGGUGCAGCAGAGCCCGGCUUAAGGAUGUAAAUGAGGUUCAUGGAUGUCAAACAGGUGUUUGCACAAAAACUACUCUGAGAAGGACCCUCUCAGUUAACACACCUUUUGAUUAUACAGGAGGAAAACUCUGUGGUCUCAGGAGCUUUCCAUCAGAAACAUCCAGCUAAUAAUAAGAAAUGAUUCUGCCUUGAGUAUAGUGUAGUGUUAAAGGACUUUGUGUGCGCAAUAGUAUCGUUGUCCAUAUGUAAUUCAAAGACGUGUGUCUCCAAGGCUGUUUCUGUGCUUCCUUACACUGGUUUUUGUUAUGGUGGUGGUUAUUUUGGGUAGAGGGGACUUGGUGCUGCUCAACUGGUGAACAAUGUGAAAGUGUACUUCACUGAAAAGAUGGCAUGGGCCUUUUCACUACAACCCUGUCGAGAUUCUUGGUUUUUGUUUGACAUAUUUAUUUAUUUUGGUGCCUCUCUGCCACUAGUGUUUCUAGAACAAAUCAACCUUAACCUAUUGUCUCUAUAGAUGUACAAUAAUUUAUAUAAAAAUACCAAACCAUCAGGAUCCAGGGGAUAUGUUUGCAGGAUGGUGUAAUGGCUGCUUUAGGGGAAGCUAUCUUUAAUUAUGAUACAUUUAAAAUCAAAGGCACAUGUUGUCGUGGCAUAUUUACUGGGUUAUACUAUGAUGUUCUAAGUAUAUUUUUUCAUCACUGUUUUGAUCUUGUUAACAUUGAGAUAUUUAUGAACAGACUUUUGCUUCUCUCUGUUUAGCCCUACUGUUCAUAAGUCACCUGAUCCUGGAUAACACAACGUAUGAUCCUUCCUUUUGAACCAAUGCCUCUUGUGCACUUUUGUGACUCCUGUUCAAUAUUGUACAAUAGAACUGACAAUUGUUAAAAUUUAGUUUAAUUAUAAA